GCGCUUUCCGCAGUUCCCUUCCGGUGAUGGCGGCCUUGUGCCCCGGAUGUAACCCUGGUAAAAGCAGCUCCUCUUUCCUUUUGCAGCUUUUCCUGGGUUCUUAGCCUAGUUUGGGGAAGACCCUUCUGUCCAGUCAUGCCAAAGAGGAAAGUGACCUUCCAAGGCGUGGGAAAUGAAGAUGAUGAGGAUGAAAUCAGUGUCCCCACGAAGAAGCUGGUGGACCCUGUGGCUGGGGCAGGAGGUCCUGGAAGCCGUUUCAAAGGCAAACAUUCUUUGGACAGCGAUGAGGAUGAUGAUGAUGAGGGGUCCAGCAAAUAUGACAUCCUGGCUUCAGAGGAUGUGGAAGGUCAGGAAGCAGCCACACUCCCCAGUGAAGGAGGUGUGCGUAUUACACCCUUCAACCUACAGGAAGAGAUGGAAGAAGGCCACUUUGAUGCAGAUGGCAACUACUUCCUGAACCGGGAUGCUCAGAUCCGAGACAGCUGGCUGGACAACAUUGACUGGGUGAAGAUCAGGGAGCGGCCACCUGAUCAGCACUCACGGUCAGACUCAGAGGAGGAGGACAGCCUGGGCCAGACACCAAUGAGUGCCCAAGCCCUCCUUGAGGGCCUUCUGGAACUCCUGUUGCCAAGAGAGACAGUGGCUGGGGCACUGAGGCGUCUGGGGGCCAGAGGAGGGGGCAAAGGAGGUAGCAAGGGACCUGGACGGCCCAGUUCCCCCCAGCGCUUGGACCGCCUGUCCGGCUUGGCUGACCAGAUGGUGGCUCGGGGCAACCUUGGCGUUUAUCAGGAGACAAGAGAACGGUUGGCCAUGCAGCUGAAGGGGUUGGGGCGCCGGACCCAGGGACCCUCUGACCCUAUACCCCAGCCUUCUCUGGACAUGUUUGCUGAGGAAGUAGCAAAGGGAGAAUUGGAGACCCCAACCCCUGUCCAGAGAGGAGAAGCAGAGUUGCCAGGAGAUGGUCUGGAGGAUGUGAUGUGGGAAUAUAAGUGGGAGAACACAGGGGAUGCUGAGCUAUACGGGCCCUUCACCAGCACCCAGAUGCAGACCUGGGUGAAUGAAGGCUACUUCCCUGAUGGUGUUUACUGCCGGAAGCUGGAUCCCCCUGGUGGACAGUUCUACAACUCCAAACGUAUUGACUUUGACCUCUACACCUGAGACUUCUGAGGGCCAAUUUGAUGGCUCCUUCUUGUCUGGACUCUCUGGAGGGAGCCCCAGCUGCCUCUGGCAGUAAGGAUAUUGGGGGCCACUUUUCAGUCAGCUUUCCUUUCCCAAUAAAAGCCUUUAGUUGUGUAUUAGGUCCUUGGCUGUGCUGAUGGCCAGAAGCCAGGGACCUCCUCAGCCCCUUUGGAUUUGCCUCUGUCCUUGAGUGUUUCCUUAUGAAGUUCCUCUUUGGGAGUCUCUGGUCCUUUGAACCAUCUCAUCUUUGUUUACCACUGCUAGGGGCAGAGCCACGGCUGCUCACCAUCUAAAAAUCCUUUCAGUCAAACCUCAUUCUCCAGUACUGGGGGUUCCUGUUUUGCUAUUCUUAAGUCUUUGGCUUUUAGGGCCUUUGAGUAUCUGUUUUUGCAGCCAGUACAGCAUAGAGCCCCAGAAGUGGAGAUUUUAGGCUUUGAAGGCUGGGGCAUCUGUUGAAUGUGAGCCAGAAGCUUGAUAUUCACUGUCUCCCCACUGUCUCGGGCUCUUUCGGUGAAGUGAAGACUCGGCAUUGGUACUUGAAGGACCGACCAAUCAAGGCCAUCUGGGGCAACUAUGCAUUGAACAGGCACUAAGAAGGGUAUUCCCUCACUGGAGGUUACACAGUGAAUCAGAGGGCUGGCCCAGACAGACCCAAUGGGCUCCUUUUCCAGGCCUUUCUUGGUACUGGGUCUUUUCUGCCUGGUGUUUGAGGCCCUAAAGCUUACAUUUCCUGGGCUCUCACUGUGUGCCUAGCACAGGGCUAGUGCUUUGAGAAAACUGAGGUAACUGGGCUGGUCUCCUCCCAGGAAUUCAGCUGGGGCCGGGGUGAGCGAGUGGUGAGGAGGCAGGCAGACAGGUAUGAUUGUAUAGCCUGGAGCUGACACUACCACCACAUGCUAGUGCUGCCUUAGGCCUCUUCUUAACUUGCACCAAGUUAGGUGGUUCCUCCAUUUUUCCACAUUGGGUCUCCAUUGGAAUCGCACGAGGAGCUGUAAAAUACUCCUUAGAGAAACUGAAUGAUUGGUCUAGGUAGUGCCCACGAGGUUGGGUCUUAUAAAAACCCCCAGGUGUUUGCAAUGUGUGGCCAGGUGGAGAGCCAUAGGGCCUGACUUCCAUGACUAUGUUUAUACAUGGGGAGGGGCCAGUUCCUAGAUCCUGCCGUUGCAGCAUUGCUGCUCGUGUGUGGUCAGGGCUCUGGUGGAGUUUGUCAUUUAAAGGAGAGCUGAGCUCCAGAGCCGAGGGACACCUGAGAGCCCCAGGGUGCACGGAACCAGGCCAGGAACUAGAGAAGAUGGGUGGAAAGGGUGGGAUUACCUGAUGUUCUAGUGAGGACUCCAACUUCUGUAAUAGACCCACUCUAGUGCUAAAUGAGACCUAGUUUUCAUUGACUCCAAGAUGCCUUUGGUUGUAAGGUUUACUUUGUGUUGUUAUGAAACAAAACCCUACCUAUAUGUCAUCGAUUAAAAGGAGCAUCCUGAGUUCAGAAACGUUCAGAAGUAAAAAGCAGUAUCUUAACACCAAUGAAA